GUUCGUGAGCUGAUAACUAAGAGCCAUUCGUUCCCCUGGAAUAAUUAAGGGGAGAGAAGUUCACCUCCUUCGAGCCCUGUUUCCUGUCUGACUGGACUCGUUGGACCAUCCCACACCUCUUUUAUUCACACCACGUCGUACCGUACUUCCUCAUCUCCUACCAGCCAUAUCCAUGGCUAAAGACGAGGUCGAAACAAUGCACCUCGAAGAUGGCGACCUACAGAAGGAUGUCGCAGAAGGCGUCAUCUCAGGCGAGGAGCGUCUCAGUCCAGAGGAAGACAAGAGAAUCCUCCGCAAAGUUGACAUCUUGUUACCUGUCAUGGCAAUGUCCUACCUCUUUCAGUUCCUUGAUAAGUCGGCCCUCGGCUACACAGCUAUCAUGGGUAUCAGGGAAGACCUUGGCCUCACGGGCCAGGACUACUCCUGGUCAAGCAGCAUCUAUUAUUUUGGAUACCUCAUCGCUUCCUACCCAGCUGGUGUCAUUAUGGUCCGCUGGCGGGUUGGGAAACUCAUUGCUGCUUCGGUAUUGAUCUGGGGCGCGAUUCUCAUGCUCACCCCUCUCUGUUUCAAUUCUACGGGCCUACUUACGAACCGUUUCUUCCUCGGGGUGGCUGAGGCUGCCAUCGCCCCCGGCUUAAGUAUCGUUGUUGCGAUGUGGUAUAAACGAUCGGAGCAGCCGUUGCGCCACGGCGCCUGGUACCUCGGUAAUACGUGCGCUGGGUUCUUCGGUGGCGUCUCUGCGUAUGGGAUCGGCCACAUCCAGACCAUCGCAUCAUGGAAGGCGGUCUAUCUCAUAUUCGGUGCGCUCACUGUCGCUUGGUCGUUCGCAAUCUUCUUCCUCCUUCCCGACGUCCCAGGGAAAGCACGGUUCCUCAGCAAGAGCGAUCGGGCCAAGGCCGUCCAGCGAGUGGAAGAGAACAUGACGGGCAUUAAAAGCAGCAAGUUCAAGUGGCACCAAUGCAUCGAAGCCAUCCUCGACAUUAAGACAUGGCUGUUGCUCUUGAUCCAGGUCUCCAGUAACAUAGGCAACGGUGGCGUGCUCACGUUUGGAUCCAUCGUCGUCCAAGGCCUGGGAUUCUCCAUGUUUAACACCCUGCUGGUGCAGAUGAUAAGCAUUGCCUUCCAACUCGUCUUUGUCGUCACGGCCUCCGCCGGGAGCACCUUCUUCCGCAAUACCCGAACCUACUGGAUGGCUUGUAACCUCGCCUUCUCCAUCAUUGGCUCGGCUAUGAUUCGCGAGAUCCCAGACACGCACAAAUGGGCACGCUUUAUGGGCUUCUGCUUGACCCUUGGCUACACUGGCAACCUCCCUGUACUCCUCUCUGUCGCUUCCGCGAACUUUGGCGGCUUCACCAAGAAGACCACUGUAAAUUCAUUGAUCUUCAUUGCCUACUGCGCAGGCAACAUCGUGGGCCCACAGCUUUUCUUUGCCAAGGAAGCUCCAUCAUAUACCUCUGGCUUUUUAGCCAUAACUGUUUGCUUUGCCAUUGGUUUUGUGGCAUGUUUCGUCCUUCGGUUUUACCUCAUCUGGGAGAACAAACGGCGAGACCGCGUCGGCGGUGUGCUCGAGGCAGAAGAGUCUAAUCACACAACUCUCAACAUGAUGGAUAAGACGGAUAAGGAGAUCCCUCAGUUUAGAUACAUGUAUUAACAUAGUAUCAACUAUCUAAAACUUCGCCAGUCGCGAGUACACAAGUCCCGUCCCUAAUCUUGGUUUGGAGAGGCCGUUGCCAGUUCAAGAAAGUGCGGCCAAUUUCCCUCCGGCUGCGACGGCUGUUGGCCCAACUGGGGAAAGGAAUGGUAACUGAA